AUGCCUAGUUUGAAAGAAACAUACAGAUUCUGUACGCUCACUAUUGAUUCAUUUUGUCAGUCUGCUUCAAACCAAUUGCUUUAUGGCAGGGUGUUGGGUGAUAAUGCCAUAAGAUCCGAUUUUGGUUGGAUCAAAUGUUUUAUUACAGAUUUUCUACAUAAUGCUGGAGUUAUAUACAGAGAUAUAAAACCAGAAAAUAUAUUAUUAGAUGAUUAUGGGCAUCUUCAAUUGAUUGACUUUGGUCUUUCUAAAUGGCUUCCACAAGGCUGUCAUACAUCUACUAUUUGUGGAACUACUCAGUAUAUGGCUCCAGAAGUUUUAGAUCCUGAACUAUAUUAUAAUCACGCUGUGGAUUGGUGGUCCGCUGGAGUACUCUUAUUUCAAAUGCUAACAAAUCAGUAUCCGCCGAAGUCACACGAUGAAAUCAAUAUCAUGUUGGAAAAUGUCAGUAAAGGCGCCACUGAUAUGGUGUUAAAGCUUUUGGAAACGAAUCAGCAAUACCGACUUAAAUCCUUUCAUCAGAUUAAAAUCCAGUCAUUUUUUCAUAAUUUUAAUUUCUCAGACAUAACAUUAAAAAAGCACAAACCAAACGAAUUACUAAAAAAACUGUUUGACGAAACAACUACAGGAAACAAUCAAGUGUUAUCUCAUUUUGACGAAUUUGACGAUUAAUUUAUGAGAUAAAUAAUUAUAUGUAACAAACAGUGUAUUAAAUAYUAUAAUCUUUUUAGUUAAGUACCUAUAAAAUUGUUAUGUAUAUUAA